AAGGUGAAAAACAAGAAAAAUUCGAAGCGCGGACUCGUUGUUUGUGGUUUUCGAUGUUCCAGUUUUGUGUUUGAUCGUCAUGAUUAUGAAACUGUAGAUGAGUUUCAGAGAUACAGUGGUGUCUCAAUGAUUUGUACGGAUUUCUCCCGCUCAUUCUAACUUGAACUGUCUGUUGAGGAAUGUUUCCGAAGUUGGGGUGCACUUGAGCUGUAAAGUUGAAGUGAAGUCAAAGUUGAAGUGCCAGGGUUGCGUUGGAAGCAAGGCUAUGUUGGAAGCAUAAAAUGAGCAACUCAGCCUAAAGGCAAUAACCAGUGCUUUGUAGACACAAACAAAAGUGCACUUCCAUCAAUUCGUGCAUCACCAGCCAUCAAAAUGAGGACCAGAAGCAACUCUGGAGUCCGACUCGACUACUAUAGGGAUAUGCUGUUCAACACAGUGUUAUGCCACCAGCAUCCGGUGACAGGACUGCUGCCUGCGAGCAAAGGCAGCCAGCAUUCCUGGGUACGAGACAAUGUGUACUGUGCCAUCGCGCUGUGGGGCCUGUCCAAGGCGUACAAGAAGUACUCCGACCUCGACGAAGAGCGUUCGAGGACGUACGAGAUGGAGCAGCGCGUUGUGAAGAUCAUGAGAGGUCUCCUGACGUCAAUGAUGUUCCAGAAGGACAAGGUCGAGCGCUUCAAGAGCUCGCAGUCGCCGAAGGACGCGCUGCACGCCAAGUACAGCACAACCACCGGUUUCACCUGCGUCGGUGACAAUGAAUGGGGCCAUCUCCAGCUCGACGCCACGUCUCUCUUCCUCCUCAUCCUGGCACAGAUGACCGCGUCAGGCAUCAAGCUGGUCUACAGUCUCGAUGAGGUCACUUUCAUCCAGAACCUUGUCUUCUACAUUGAGAUCUCCUACUUCACCCCGGACUAUGGCAUCUGGGAGAGAGGGGACAAGACCAACCACGGCCUGCCUGAGCUCAACGCCAGCUCCAUCGGCAUGGCCAAAGCCGCCAUGGAGGCGCUCAACGACCUGGACCUCUUCGGCGCGCAUGGAGGGCCCGCCUCGGUCAUCCACAUCCUUCCCGACGAGGUUCAGAAGUGCCAGGCCGUGCUGCAGUCCAUGCUUCCCCGAGAGAGCAUCUCAAAGGAACUCGACAGCGGGCUGCUCUCCAUCAUCGGCUUCCCCGCGUUCGCCGUCAGCGACGCGGCCACGAUCAACGCGACGCGACUCGCCGUGGAGGAGAAACUCCUCGGGCGCUACGGAUGCAAGCGCUUCCUCCGCGACGGCUACAAGACGGUCAAAGAAGACCCGAACCGACUCUACUAUGAACCCUGGGAGCUUCGCGUGUUUGACAACAUCGAGUGCGAGUGGCCACUCUUUCUCUGUCUCUUGGCAAUCGACCAGUGUUACCAAGGCAACCGGGAAGCCAUGGACAAACACAUCCUCUCGAUUGAAGAACUCAUGAUCAAAACUGACGACGGACAGAAACUCGUUCCGGAGAUGUAUCAGAUCCCGCCUGAAUCUCUGGACGCAGAGCGAGCCGACCCGGGCUCUCAGCGCCGCAGACCGGUGGGUCGAGUGCCAUUCUUCUGGGCGCAGAGUCUCUACGUGAUCGCGAAACUUCUCCAAGAAGGCUGCAUUCAGGAGUCAGAGCUAGACCCGCUGAAUCGGCGGCUGGGUGCGGAGAAGAAGCCCGAUGUGGUAGUUCAGGUGGCGAUUCUGGCGGAGAACAAGCAUGUGCAACAGAUCAUGGCAGAACAUCAUGACUUGCAGGUCCAAACCGUCGACGAGGUCUAUCCGAUAGAGGUCCAGCCUGCUCGCGUCCUCGGCAAGCUCUUCACACAUCUCGGUCUCAACAAGAAGCUCUGUCUGUCCGGCCGAACCACACUCGACGUGGGUAGCCUCGGCACCAGCAUCCUCUACUCCCUACAGGGUCAGGUCUUCGCGUUCACACCCCAGUUCCUAGACAUGGAUCGGUUCUUCUUCGCUUCGGAUGCACAGCUUGUCAUCGACAUUCUCGGGAGUGAGAUCUUCUUCCUGCAGAGUGCUUGGACGAAUAUGAUGGGAAGGCCGCUGGUAACGAUUGUCUUCCAAGAGAGGCUUCUGGAGGAUGGCAUGGUCCCGGCGCCCUAUGUACAGACCUUCCGCAAGAUUAAGACGGGGUAUCUCAACGCUACGAGGGUGACCCUCGGGACGAUUCGAGACUUCGUCAACACGUCAUGCCUCUCGAGUCUGGAGUUCCUGAAUGAUCAUGAAGCGGGAAGAUCGGACAGUCUGAAGCCUGAGGUUCGCCAGUAUCUCGACCAUCACCUCCGCAAGGCGCUGGUCGUGAGGAGGUCCUCGGCUCUGGAUGGGAUCCGACCCGGCAUCCGCCCGCAGACUUCCCUCACGAGAAAGAUGAGCCAUCGAGGUGCGGUCCGUCGCACGAGGAGUGUGUAUGGUGACGACACUCUCCCUCCAGCUUCUCUAGACUCUGCGUUCUGUCUGACACGACGCAAGUCCAUCCGCCGGGCUUCGCUCUCCGUCGCGCAAGACGACAACCUCGAUCGGGUUCCCGAAGACGAAGCACUCGCCGAUGCGACCGCGCGUGCUCGUCUGAACAGUGACGAGGUUGGUGAUCCUCCCGAAAGCUUCCACGGAGUUCGUACCGAAUCUGACGUUCAGUAUGACGAUGUUGGAAAUGAAGACCUCAUCACCAUGCUUCGUGACACACAUGAUCUCGAAGAACGCGGCGACAUCCUGCACUUCCUGGCUGUCGCCAACGGACUUGGCUUCCAGCUGGACCUCGGUGGAAGAAGGUUCACCGUACGAGAGCUGUACGAUGACCUAUAUGAGUCGGCUUGUAGACAGAAACACUGGGCUAUGGUGCGGCAUACAGCGGGCAUGCUGGGAAAGAAGAUGGCCGACCUGGCGGAGGCCGUCACCGCGAUGUUGGUCCGGCAGAAGCAGAUCACG